AUGACAACACUUGAAGUCAUUCCAGAAGGUAACACCAUUUCUUUUUUUGGCAGCCUGAUGACCAUUUAUUGACAACACUAUUCAUAAAACACUCAAGUUCAUUAAUGUUAAUAACCGUAGCGGGCCGUAACAGGAAAAUACCUCGAUUCUCGGCUCUGACUCUUUUCCCCUUCAUUUUUUUAGACCAACUGUGUAGACAUGUUUGCUUGGAAACUUCUGAUAUUCGAUUCGUUAGAUAUCAUUUAUGCUUCUCGUUUUUACAGCAACCCAGUUUAUUCGACUUCUGCUCAUUAACGGAUAAACACCAACAACUAAUUUAACAGAACACUGGGCUGCAAAAACGCUCAAAUGUACGUUUGAAGUCUGACCCAUACCUAUCCGACAAUCGGUCAGUGACGAGGUUGUCCAAAAUCACGGGAAACUCCAUAAUUUUGAAACGUAAAAUAAAAAGAUGUUUUUUUUUGUUUUAAUGAUAAAUUCAGUGGUAACUAAUUUCUUUGCCGAAUCCGGGUUAAUCCUUCUAAGGCAGUUUCCCUUGAAGCCAGUUUAGAUGAAUUGAAUAUUUUAAUGUCUAACUGUGGUCGAUUUUGCCCUAAGUCCAGCUUUGAUCCGUUUGUCUUUUCUCUUGAAUACUUUGACUGAUUCAGAACACUAAAACGACAGAAGCUUUGGGGAUAUACGGGUAUACAAAUAUCUGCUAUAAAAAUGUAACUAAUUAUUUUAAUCAUUUACUAGGAUUUUCCUUUAAUCACUCAGAUCAGAGGUCAUUCUACGAGAUAAAAUCAAUUUUCAAUACUGUUCAUUUUUAUAUUAACACCACUAGUUGCUAAUGGCAAACAGGAAUUUACUUCGAUCUCUAAAUGAAAAAUUGAUUGAAACAAAAGCAGUUCUACGGAAAGAUUUUCAUCGAAGAACUCCGACAAUGAUUAAUUGUCUAAAAGUCACCACUGAAAGUAACUUCCUUUACCGUUUAUACAACAUUUGGAAUCAGGAAUGGUAUAAGGAAAAUGAAAGUACAAUUAGAUAAUCUUAUCUUAUUUAUUAUCUACGGCCAUUACAAAGAAACGCGUGGCAAGAGGUAGAAUUUGUUAUUUUCUGUCAAAUAUCUCUGUUUUAUGCAUCGUUUAUUGUAAUGAAUAUUUAGCUAAUCCUUUUAAAACGGAUUUGAAGAUAUGUUAAAUAGUAUAUUUCAUACAAACGGCACCGCUAAAACGAACUACAGGAAACUGGAUUUCAAAUAAAUGAAGAAUGAGACAAUGAAUUGUGCAAAAUGUGGCGUAGUGAGAUAAAAGCUAUCUUAAAGCGAACAAAUAUGGGACUAGCUUUAAGUAAACCGUUAGCCUGUAGAACAGGCGUAAUUUUUAUUUGUGUAUGUGUGUGUCUCAGGCGUACAGAGGCAAGUGCGAGCCUAAUAACGCGAAGCGUGAGUCAUGCGCAAGGCUCCUAGUCCCCUUGCGCAUGACUCACGCCUCACGCUCACUUUGCGCUUGCCUCUGUUUGCCUGAAAAACGCAAAAAUUAACGAUUGUUUUGCAGGCAAGCAAACGCUUAUCCAUUUUACUCCGGUUUUGCUAGGAAUAUGAAUUACUACAACAUGUUUUAGCAACAUCCAAACAGAAGUUAGCUUGUUUAUCAAACUGAGCGCUACAUCAUAGGUUGGUUCGAGAUCUUCGUGUUCCGGCUUUAAGCUUUUAGGUGCUUGACAAGGAGUCUUUAGAGACGGGAGUGUUCCUUGGACAAAACACAUGAAACUUAAAUUCUCACAAACACCUAUUAAACGUAUCCAAGUUCUCACAUUAACAUACAUGCGUACUUCAUUUGGCAAGAAAGUUUAACACAACAUCAAAAAAUGUUUAUGUAUGCCUUUUCUUGACCUGCUUUAACUACAGAAAAAAUCUAGUUGAAUGAGUAAAAAAACCAAAAACAAGAAAAAUGUUCAUUAGAUGAACUAAAAAGUAUUUUAAAUCAUUAUUCUUACGUUAAAUCGGGAAUUAGUUAAUUGAAAUAAAAGCUAUUACGAAUAUCAUACCUAUGUUAGUUGGACAAAACGAAAUUUGAUCAAGAGAGUUGGGAUUCUGAAGAUUUGCCUUUCACCAGAUCCAGACAAACAGUGUUAGUUCCAAAGAGUUUCAGGCAAAGACUUCCUUUUAUAUGGUAGGACCCCUCUCCUCGAUUUUCGCGCCGAGAAUCAGAGUGAUGAAAGGACAAAUUGGAGUGAAGAUGUAUCUUGAACUUUGAAUGGUUCUUACUUAUAAUCUAUUGCAAAACAGAUGCAUAGACGACGGCCUCUCCUCAAAAGCCACUUGUUUGCUGUGAUCUGCAUUACUGAACAGAACAACAAAGAAUAUACUUGUUAAAUUUGCAAUGGAUUUCCACAGACUUUUUCCUGUGAAAGACUUUUUAGAUGUCUUAAAUGUUCGUACUGAGACAUCAUAUUGAAGGACCAACCAUGAAUUAUGCGAAAGGUGUUAAAAAAUGUAUCGUAAAAGAAUAGAAAAUCGGAAAAAAGCCUAAACAGUUAUUAGUGAGGAGGAUGUCGGAAUUGUCAUCAGAAAGAAACAUCUGGUGAACUGUAAACGCAAAUUAGGUCUGUCUCGAUAACAUUUCCAUUCUUUUCCCUCUAAAAAAUUAAUGAUAACAAGAAAACGUAAGUAAUGAUAAGAAUUGCAUUGUGAAGAAAAAUUCGAUAAAAGGCCUUGAUAUAAUCUACAAUAUUUCUUAGAAGCGAACUCAGUGACCUGACGUAUCUUUGUUAUCUGAUGCCGCCGCGCCAUGUGUUGCUAGGUUACGGACUCGUGAUUGUUGUAUCACACAAAAGGACAGUUGAUGACUGCUGUUAAAAUGGAAGCAAAAGCCAAUUGAUUAAUCUUUAGAAAGAUACAGUAUUAAUUUCCCAUUAUUUUUGCCAUAGAGAUCUUCUCUAAACCAAGAAUGCGUCAACCAGGUCGAGGAUCCAGUUUAUAUCAGCUUAGUAUUAGCAGAGCACCUGAACUACGCUGCAUUAACAGCCCCGUAAAAUCGUGUGGAGUUUGCGAGAACUGUUGUUUAGGCGUGAAACUGAAUCACACGAAGGAAUGGUUUUGUCGUUGUGGGGAACCCGUCAAAAGAAAAUACCUACUGGGUCUUGUCCAACGAUUUGAUUCUAUGGAUUUGUUCGAGUAUAUCACUUCUUUGCUACAAUCGUUUCAGUACAAAGACUUCACCUACAUGCGAUCAAGGAGUAAACCGAGUUUGGUCAUUGAUGGUUCCAGCGCACCGACAAAUCACGCUUUGAACGAAGAAGAAUUAUCACAGACAGUAGAGGAUUACAUGGAGUGGUUUUCAGGGAGUACCUACUGGACUAAAGCAAAUUAUAUGUUGGGUUUAAUGCAGUUGUGUGGUACCCAUCUUCUACAUAUUUUAGCUACCAAGACCAGAGCUCUAUGCGAACGGGAACGUAGAAAACAGAGAGCUUUUGAGGAUGGAGUGAUUGAUAGAGGUAUGCGUUUUUUCUUUGUAGAUCAUUAACAAAACAAAGGUAGUAUACCAUCUAAAUAGAAGGUCUUUUAAAUGUUUUCCGAGAAAUUUUUUGGAAUCUGAAAUUGAUCAACGUUGCGUGACAUGAUAUUGCUAUGACGUCAUUUGAUAUGUUGGCUUCACGAGAAUUGUGAACCAAUUAACUCACAAAUUUCUCUGAAGCGUACAUUUUUUUAACGAACAUUAAUCUUAACUAUGUGGUCUGUUUCACUAUGUGGUGAGCAAAACCAGUCAAUCAUAAAUGACAGUCAGAUUUGUUUGACCUUACCACAACAAAAAACUUUAGUCAGAAAUAUAUAUUUACAAUGGUUUUAACCAAAACAUGAUGAUUGUAGCUGUGAUUGGUGUUUUACAUUAUGCCACAAAUCCGUUGCUUUUUUAGCUGAGAGCAGAAUGUUACUCUGCUCACUGAAUGGUGUUAUAUGUUCAGCAGAUUGCCAAAUACUGGCCUAGUUCACUGAUGAGGUCUUUAUAAAGUGAAUUAGUUUUUCAUUGCCCCCAUUGACCAUCCUUCUUCAGUGGAAAAAUAAAUACUUGUCAGUUUUAUACAAGUAAAGAGCUUAAAAAACCAAACUCUGUCUAACAUGUUAACAACUGCACCUAAGGGUGUAUAUGUUUCUUAAAAACACUUUGUUUUUUUGUAGAUGAUGACGAGUACAUGUCCUUGCACAGUUAUUUGUCUAACAGUGAAGCUCCACUUGAGAGAGAAACUGAGAGUGACAAAUCCCUGGCUACAAAAUCUUUAGCAAGUCAUUCAGACAUAAAUGAUGCUCAUUCCAUAGAAAUUAACUCAUUAAUUAGUGAAGAAAUUGAAUUUAGCAAAUCUAAAUCCUCACGAGAAUCAAGUGCAGCAAAAUCUCAAUCUCACAAAGGAACAAACUCAGAAGACAUAGUAUUGGGUACCCAAUCGCUAGCCUCCACAGGAUAUGGAGGAAGUCCUUUGUCACACAGUCGCUCAAGGUCCAUUCCACCUUCUAGACAGUCCUCACGAAGGCUUGCAAAUGACAUGACAGAUUUUGAAAGGGAAUUUUUUUCUGAAGAUUACAUGUCAGGCGAUGAAGGGGAUGAUGAAAGUUUUAUUAACUCUUUGACACAGAAGGAAUCUGUGGAGUCUGAUUGUAUAGGCUUUGAAAAGUACAAAGACUUUUUAAGAUGUUUACCUGUUCAUUUGUCCAAGAGGAUUCUGGGUAUGUUAGACAAGAACAGUUUAACAAAUUGUUUGUGUCUGAGUAAACAUUGGAGAAGUCUUGCUGAAGAAGUCAAACAAGACUACAUGGUGCAUCAGCUAAUGACUGAGGAAAUAAUGUUGAUGCAGGUAAACUAAAAAAUUGGUGCUUCUUUUAUUACCCUGAGGUGGAUCUAACAGAAUUUUAGGGGUUUAGUUUAGCCCUCUUAACUAAAUUAUAUUCAUUUAUUUCUUUGUAGGGAGCAUCAGCAAAGGGUAUGAACCCAAGAUAUGCUAAGUGUGUUCCUGUUCAUGUACCUUUAGACCUCGAUGAAAAUGCCAAAGAAGUGCUUAGUCUUGGUUUCAAGUCAGGCAGACAGAAAGAGGUUGGACGUCACAACCUGCAAGAAUGUUACGAUGGGAUUCCAACCAAAGAAGUCAGGAUGGAAGAGAGAAACAUUUACUGUGGAGCAUAUAAUGUGCUGGUCCUUCAAGACAUGUGAGUACAUAUAGGUUUAUUUGAAGCCAAUUUGGCCUCUAGAGGUUGGGGCGAGGCAAAAUCAGGGCAGGACACUAGAAUCUGAUCACAUUAAUUAUUUGGCUGCCAGCAUAUUUAGCACCCUUGUGUAUUUACCAUCAAACAGGGUUAGGUUACCAGGGUUGCUACUCCUAUAAAGGGAGUCAAAUUUUAUUAUUUCAUUCCUGAACAGGUCAGCAAAAUAAAUUGAUUUUGUCUCAAAUAGGAGGUUAUAUUAGUUAAGCAGAGUUCAUAGAAUACCUAAUUCCAUGGCUCUGAAAUUCAUUCUAACCAAGUGCUUUGCUAUGUAGGGAGGACCCUAACCGAUGUGCAAACUUCAAUGGUGGGAGACUGGUUGUGUCUGGAUCAUAUGACAGACGCGUUCGACUCAUAGAUGCAGCCACAGGCAAGAUUGAGAGGACCAUUCAAGGCCAUGCAGGGUCCAUCCGCUGUGUUUAUGUGUCUGAGGAGAGGGGAAUUGUUCUGAGUGGUGGCUAUGAUACAUCAAUAAGGUUAAUAACAUAUAAAUACACUAAACAAGUGAUACAAAUGUAAUUGGUUAAGGAGUGUUUUGAUUUCUGUAUUUUUGCUUUCCAGGGGGUUCAGGUGUUUUGGGUGACUUUUGAAGCAUAUGGCCAUACUUGACAGAGUGAAUGAAUGAGUGACCCACUCAAAAAUGGACUGAUUGACUGAAUGACGCAUUGACUAAUUGUCUCACUUACUGACUCACUGACUCAGUGACUGACUCACCAACUCAUUGGCUGACUUACUGACUGACAGACUGACUCAAUGACUGACUGCCUCACUCACUGAUUAACUGACUCACUGACUGACUCACUGACUCACUGAUUUACUGACCAGCCCACAAGGUGACCAUGUUUGAACCUUCAUAAACAGUUGUACUCACUCUACCCCCAAGAAAAGAGGUUUCAUACCUCAACCUUUUUACGAUGUCAGCCCCUUGAAAAACAGCCACCUACCCCUCCCUCCAAGGAUCCACUAUAUUUUAUCAAUAAUCAGGAGUACCACUGAUAGACCAUUAAAACUCUUGCUGACAAAGAAACUUUUAACAGACUGAUUUACAAGCGAGGUGGAUUAAUAAAAACAUUCUUAGCAAUCUCUUUUUUUGCUCGCCAUAGAUGCUGGGAUAUAGGCAGGGGAAACUGCAAGUGUAUUUUCAGAGGGUAAGUCUGAGUUGUGAUAUGUCAGUAAAGCACACUAUUUCCUUCAAAGUAAUGAAAAGUAAAAAAGAUAGCAGGUGAUCCGAAUAGGCUUGAACCCAAAUGUGUGAAUCUCAGCCUUUGACCCGCAGAUAGCAAAUGCUAAUUGAGGGCCAAUUUUUUUUAACUAACGUAAUUUAAUUACAAAGUCAUCUUGUUUGGUUUUUCUUAGAUGAGUUACAAACGGAGGAAAGAAAGACACGCCCACUCCACUCGAGCGCACGCUACAAUAUGUUACUGAGUAUAGAGCGCUUGUUGACUGAGUGUCAUAAAACCAAAACAACACUAAUCACAACAGCCAAUCAAAAGAAAGGAAAUAGCGCAAGGAGCCAAUGAGAACUCAAAAUAAAAACAACUCAAACGCCUAAGCGCGGGAAAACGCAGAUUAAUUUGCCCCCGGUGCAACAGGGAAAUGGAAGGGGGCAAGACUUUGUUAUUUUAUUUCAGUCGACUAAGUUGUGGUUAAUUUUAGUUUUGCAUCUAACUGGUUAAGAGAAUGGCGCAAGUUUUCAGGUCCAAUCACAGAGCAAAGUAGAUCAAAAAAGACAUCCGGAUUACUUUCGACACUUAAAUGUAAUCUGAGAUAUCAUUAGUUUGCUUCACCACAGUUUGCUAUUGAGGCAAAAAGAGGCCCACUCCGUCUUCCCACGCUUCGAGCAGUUCAUUUUGCUUUGGGUCCUCAUUGGUUCUUUAUGAUGUUUUCCUUCUUUCAGUUUGGCCAUCGUUAUCACUUUGGUUUUGGUUUUAGGACACUCAAAUGAAAAGCGCCCCUAUGAAAACGGAAACAGAUACAUCUGCUGACCAACAUGUAUGACCAAUUUUUUUCAUUUUUUUGUAGACAUCGAGCCACAGUUCUUUGCAUUGCUCUCCAUGGUAACCAUCUGGCCUCAGGAUCAAGAGACAAGAGCGUGAAAGGUUGGUUAUGAAAGUCCUGUCACUUAUUUGUUCCUUUAACAUAAAUAAAUGAGGUUGUCUAGCUCGUGAGCAGGCCUUUUUUAUACGCACAGCUAGACGCGCCUUUCUCCGCCCGCGGGAAGACUAGAGUCGAGUCGGGAAGAGGUUUCCCGGGUGUGUGGAAUUAUCAAUGCCUAACACCUUUCAAACCUUUACCGCGGGCGAAGGAACGCUCGUGAUGAAGCGCUUAUAGUUGGGGUGUGCUCGCAGACUAAAGGUUGUCUUCUUUCAAUAAAACUAUUCUGCUUGUAUUAACAGUUUGGAACUUCGCUACUGGGAAGUGUCGGAGGACCUUUCGACAUCGUCACGUGGUACAAACGGUUCAUGUAAGUAAAUUUUCAUGUGGUUUGCAUUUCCUUAGUUCUGAUCGGCUGUUGUGGCUAGGGAAGGAAAUAAGGCAGAUAAGGAAAACUUUCAGUGGGAAAAAUUGCCAAGUGUAAACUCGGCACUAUUCCUGCCAAACGCUAUACUGCACCCGUAUCAAAAAAAACGAAAAAAAAAAACGGUUUUGUGGGAAUAGCGGAGCGGUGUGUUUUUGACUAAGUGCAUUGAAGAAUUAUUAACUAAUUUUGAUGAGCUACAAGCAACAGAAUUUUAGAUUGUCUCUCUGCGUAAAGAUUUUUGUCCACGAUGGUGUCGUUAUUUUAAUUUCUCACUGUAAAGCAAUUUUCCGUUUAGUUUUUAAAAUACUUCAGGAAUGCAAUGCAUUUUAUUCACACCGCUGUGUGGAUUUUCUAGUAAACAAGCGUCACUGUCACUCGCGUUUUCCCGCGCCUCAGGUAGUUUGCUUGGUUUAACUUCAGGUCCUCAUUGGCUCCUUGUAAAAUUUCUUUGCUCUGAUUAGCCGUUCGUUUACUUUGUUUUUUGAUUUUACGACAGUCAAUCGAAAUGCGCCCUAUAUGCAGCAACGAGAAACCAAGACUUAAUCAGUAGUUUCAAGCUUUCCUUCAAAAUCUUUAUUCAGAGUUAUUUUUCUCGUUUGUAGGUAUCUGACACUCUUGUUGUAAGCGGCUGUGAAGGAGGGAAAGUAAAAGUAUGGGACAUAGAGCAGACAACACUUCUAAAGGUAACCGCUGGAAUAAGAUAUCAACUCUUUCGUUUCACACCUCGCAUGUGUUUCGUUUGUUAAGUAUUUUUGCCGUGAGUUUUUCAAUUUAUUUAUUUGCAAUAAGAGUUUACUCCGUCCUAACUACCCCUGUAUACUCGUGUUGUAGUACUGAUUUUUUUUGUUUUUGUUUUUUCAUUUGUUGUUUGUUUGCUGACGUACUGUAGACUCCUCCUGACGGUUAAUCUAAGGGCCUGUUCUCACGGAGGCGGGAGACCCGCCUGUCCAUAAAAUUGUUUAUUUUGUUUCGAUCACAUUUACAUGAAAGGUGGUCUCAAUUUGCCAUGUAAAAGUCUCAAGGUGGGGUAACUCGCUUAGCCAGAGUCGCGUUCAUGUUAUAUUUCCAAGAGCGCCAACACCCUCACCCUCCGCGGGCGGAAAAUAGCCUCCGUUUACGUACAAUUCUACAAUUCUGAUCCAAGGAUAAAGUUUCCAUGGGUUUUUGGAACGCUUGUAAAUGUAACAUGAAAGCGACCCCAGCUAGACGGGUUACAUCACCUUGACACGUUUACAUGGAAAAUUGUGGCCCCGGUUGACUGGGUUACCGUACCCGGCAGACCGGGAAACCUGCCCAUCAUACCUACGUGAGAUAACAAGAAAUGGACAGGCAGGUACCCCACCGAGGUUGGUUACCUCAUCUACCUGGGGUCCCCCACCUCCGUGCAGGGCUCGAACUUAACUUUUUUGUCUACUAGCAAAGUUUUGCUAGUAAGAUUUUUUUUAUUAGCAAAAGAAGGAACCUAACUAGCAAAUGUUUGCUAGAGGAUAUUUUUUAGACUCGCAACUUCGAAAAACCACUCGCAUUUCGCGAGUUUGCGAGUGCUAAUUUCGAGCCCUGCCUCCGUGUAAACAGGCCCUUAGUUUGUUUUUGAGAGAAGACGGCUUAAUCGCUAGACUCUUUUAAAUUCAAGCAAUGAUUCAUCAAUUUAUUAUUGUUAAACCAAAACAAACGAAUCACUUUCCUCAGUCGCUCAAAAGAAACUCACUCGCUUAAGUCUUUGUCGGUUAUAAACAUUGUUUUUUUGUUGUUUUUUUUACUGAUGUUCGGAUUUUGUCACCAGUCCCUCGACGGUCAUCACGGAGCAAUCACGUGCGUGAAGUUCGACGACUAUCACAUCCUAACCGGCAGUCUAGAUUGUUACGCCAUGGCUUGGAGCGCUGUUGGAAAACACAAAAAAUGUCUACAAGCAUUUAGACACCCAAAGUACGUAUAGUUUAUUAACGUUGUGAACUGACUUUAGUUUUUUAACUUUAUAAAAUUUUUUCAUAAGUUUACCAUCUGCCAUUUUCAGGGAAGUUUUAUGUCUGGAGUUCCUUUACUGUCGAGUUGUAACUGGCUCUGCUGACGGAAAGGUAAGGUUUUAGAUUGUUUGGUUUAAAUUAUUAUGUUAAAGAUAUAUUUUGAUACAUCACUUGUUGGGUAUUUGUGAAGAUGAGUUCGAUUUAAGUUUUUGUCUUUUCAGCUACGCAUCUGGAAUCUCUUGAAUGGCGACUGUUUGAGGAUUAUACGUGGAAAUAGUAAGAAUGAUGCUAUCAGCACCAUCAGAGCGUCAGGAGAUAGGUAAGUUUACGAUGUCAACCUCGGCACGUCAUUUUUGUUUUGUCAUUAUAUUUAGCAAGAAUGUCACGUGGAUUACCUUGCGCGCUAAAAUAUAUCUAGGGCGCGUCAACUCGUCGGUCAAACUUCAGACAUGCGCGAGGGGAUCCAUUGUGGCCGGUCGCGCGCCAUUUUCCCGCGCAAAAUUCCAAAGGAAACGCAAGUUGGGAAAAGGAAAACUCGAGUCUUCAAAUACAAAGCUCACUCAAGUACGGGUUUCUUGUUGAUUUACCACAAUGUUUUGCGUUUCAUCAAAAACGUUAUAUGCUAUUGAAACGUCGUGAUUUACUGGCUUGGGGGGUUGUUUGUAACUCGUGUGAGACAACUUGACUUGAAAGCACGCCACCUAGUCAUUAUAAGGUUCGCCCAUGCGAAAAUGUUUGACCGGUCUGUUUGUCAUUUCUAAGGUGUUUGAAGUAUGGUGUUUGUGCAUAAAGCAAAUGAAAUUAUUCUUUUGCUGAUUAUCACCGUGGCUGUUGUUUGAGUCUUUGCCGAAUAACACGGCUAGACUUCAACUAGCUGGGGACGUAAAAUGUGCCCAACGCCUGUCAUUUUGCUAACCAAAGAUAAUUUGAAUGAGGUAUUUUCCAACGCAAAUUUUCACCAUAGUAUUUUGACUUCUUGCGCUUUACUCUAUUUCCAUAUCGUCUUAUUUCUUGACAAUCUUUCAUAAUUCUUACUACUUUCUCUCGAUUUAUUUCUUGCUCUAGGAUGAUAGUCAACACGUUGAGCAAUCUUUUGAUAUUCAACUUCGAGGCGGUCGAGUGGGAUUACAACUUAGAUCCCGAGCGACCCGAGGGGCUUGGUAAUCUAAACAUCUAUGCCAAGACACCGCCUCGCCGGCUGGCACGUUCACACGUGCGCGCGCAUAAACUCUUGCGCGCUGACACCAAAGAUAGUCUGGCAUCCCGACCUCCCUCACGGACAAAGUCACCUUUAGUGUCCGAUCAUGUCACGACCUUAUUUCCACCAAAAAGCUCACCGUUGCGGAUCUCAAGCGCCCCUCCACGAAUUAAACAUCAAGAGAGCACCAUCAAUAGCAUGAAUGCGCAUGUGCACAGAAUUUUAAACGCUCACAAAGACCAAACGUCUCGUCCCCAAUCUUCGCCGGUCAUAACCUCUCAAAGAACACGAAGGCGGGCAGAUUAUGACGUGCCACCAACAGACAUCGAAGGUGAUCUUAGAUCUAGCAUGAUUAUCACCAAAUUCACGUGGUCACCCUCCAAACCUUCAUCAUUCUCAGAAAGUAGACAUUCUCAGGUCAUUACGCGCAGUCGCUCAGCACCCGCGUAUCGAACUCAAGUUUUACCUCCAGGGAAACGCGGUUGGACUACAUCUGCCGCGGAGCCCCUCAAAGUGCCUGAGAAUAAGAUCAUGGUGAGCGCACAGCAAGCGCGAGAAAAGAUCUCUAAGAUGCGACCUCACAGUGCGCAAGUACAUUCGAACAAAGAAUCCAUUUCGCUCAAUCCAGUCAAGAGUCUGUCUUGCUUAAAUUUAAAGACAUACAGCAAUCAGUUGCAGUUUGAGCAGAACUUACAACAAGGUUCAUCGCGUGACAAAUUAAGUCGCGUGACACUUGAAGGAGCUCACCGUCCAAAAUCGUGCAAUCCUUGCGUAAGAUAACGCAAUACACCUAGCCACCUGAUAAGGUCAAAAGAUGACAUCUACUUCCCUAAGUUUCGCUUGGUCGCGCAAGAAAGGUGCAAGCAAUGAGCGCUCGAGAUGGACGUGACAAUAAUCCGACCGCGAUUUCCGGUUAAUAGACCAGUAUAUCCUGUAUUUUUCUAACCCGUUCACUCCUGACAUCAACAUAUCAAUUGUCUAUACUAUACUAUGCAUUUCUCACCAGAUUAACCCUGAGAAUUUGGUUUUUAAAUCAAACAAUAUCUCUCCUCUCAUUACCUUCUUCCCUUUAGAUUUCUUGACAGUAUAGGGAGGAACUCCUCUUUUGUCGCUCCUGAGAGUGAAAAGCUUAAUUCUCAUCACCUGUCUACUCGAUAAUGGUAUUAAUAAUGUAAGGAGAAAUUGCCUUUUGGUCACUUGGGAGAGAAAGAGUUCGAUGGGAACUGCCAUCGUUCCCACUGGUAGGGGACCAGUUAUGUGUAUAAAUAUUAGUUUUAUAUUAUUUAUUUAAAAUUAAUUAUUUUAAUGAAAGGCCGCGCAACUUAAGAGACCUGAACAGAAUAGAAAAAUAUCUGACUUCAAUAACGUAACGCAUUUGCAAAUUAAAAAAUCGCCUUUAGUACGGUAAAGAGAGAG